AUGAACACUCUAUGGAACGGUAGCCUAUCAUCGACUCACGGUUUGUUUAAAAUUUUACCAAAUAAAGACGAUUAUGAAAAUAUUUACGAAACGGAAACUAUAAACAAUCAAACAAACGGAUUCAACACACUUCCGAUAUUGAAGAAAAAAAAUCAAACGAGACUCAACGAAGUUUUCACAAACGAACCAUUUACAGCGUAUUUUUUUUCAUCCGCGGAAAAUUUAGGUUGUUCGACGAGCAACAUACAAAACGAUAAUGCGACGAUGGUAAAUGAUAAUCUACCACCGAGAAUUUAUUUAACCGGAAAUCAAAUAAACAAAACAACCGCAAACAAACAAUGUACGGAAGUGCAAAAUAAUUCGUCUCAUCUCAUCGGUAGAACGGAUGGAGAUGUGACGCAACACUUGAAAUCAUCUUACGAUGAAGAACCGCACGUGCAACAACAACAACAAGUACAAAAAAAAACAAAUUUGAAAAAAAUAAACGAUAAAGAUUAUUCAUCUUCUCCAGAAUCUGAACAAACGGAAAACGUCAUCACUUUUCACUACAGGGUUGGCAUUCCAAGAUCCCCAAACAUACAAAAUUUCAAUAAGUUUUCCGAUAAGGAUGUCGAUUCGUGGCAGGAAGGAAAUAGUAGGAGAAGAUCCGGUGAUGAUGUUGAAACACGGAAAAAUACAAAAAAAUAUUUUUCAUCGAAAGAUUCGGAAUUAUUACAAAAACACAAUAGUUUAAUAAAAGAAUUUAAUAAAACUUUAGAUUCUGAAAUAAAAAAUCGUUUUAGUAAAAAUUACAACGAUAGUUUUUCAUCUCGUUUUACCGGAAGUUACACGUCACAAAAUCACGAUUCGAGAUUAUCGUAUACAAUUAGCGAACCACACGGAAACGACGAAUAUUUACUCACCGGAAAUUUAAAAACAAACGAAAACGAAUCCGACGUUUAUUUCGGCGAUAUAUCAAAUUCGAGUUGUUACGGUCCCGAAUCUCUCAUGCAAGAUGACGUCAUAGAUAAUGAUAAUACGACGAGAUUCGCAACAAACAAUGGUAGAUCCUUUCUUAACAAACAAAAUUUAAAAAUGAUAGAAAACGAUGAUGAUGAUGAGGAAAACGGAGGAGGAAGAAUCAAUUAUACUCAUCACAGGCAGUCAUCAUCCCCUUCUCCAGGUGGAGUCCUGAACUUAAAAUAUUUUACGUCACCUUCCGUCCGAGGCCUACAAGAUUCUGAACGAAUGAUGGAAUCGACAAAUUCGAACGACGAAUUGUCAUCCAGUACGAGCAUGACGGCAGAUUCUGGAAUAUCAUCCGGUAAGAAUUACUUAUCGAGAGGAUACGAUAACGGAUUUGAUAAUUUAGGAACUUUUGCUCAUCCCCUUUUUCAAAAACCAAAAGUUUUACCGAGGUUAAAUACUCGUUACGCGGAUCCCGAGGGAAAAAAAGAUGUGGGAAAUUCUACGGAAACGACUACUACUAUUCCCGGAAAUAACGAAUUGGAUACGAAAAAAAAAUUUUUAGGAAAAGUUAAAAAAUUUGUCGAAGAUGUCGAUAUAGGAUCGAAUCAAUUGUUGAGCACAUGUAAUUUAACGUUGAGUUCGAGGUACAUGACAGGAGAAGACGGUCAUCAGUUUGUUAAUAAUUCAAAUAAAAACAAUGAUGACGAAGAGGAAAGAAUGAGGGGGAACGACAAAGAAGAAUAUGGGGACGGUAUGAGUUUAUCAUCGGAAUCGACGAAGACGACGACGACGACGGGGAAUAAUAAAAUAAUCGAUUCGACAAACGGAAAUCACGGUUACAACAACGCGAGACCGUUACACUUACAAGAAGAUUUAUCGAAAAAAUUUUCAAAAUCUGAAAAUUUACUACAAGUUCAAGGUGCGAGCGGAGGCAGACAAACCUGUGACGUAAUACGUCCGAAUAUAAAAAGGAGACGAAAUAUUUUAGACGUGACGGAUGUUGUGAAGGACGUUGAAAUCGGAAUUCAUUCGGUCAACGUUUAA